CUAUCAACAAUGCUUUUCAAGAAGAAACCCAAUUUCCCACGCAAACGAACUCUCUAUAAUUGCUCCCACCAACCUCUCAUCUUCACCACACAAACAAGCUACUUCCCCAGAAGUUCCCCCCAUAGAUUAAAUCCCUCCCAAAACCUUAGAGCUUCACUUCCCUCAGGUCAUAGUUUCCACCCCAACAAAAAAUGGCUUCUGGGUUUUCUUCAGCAACCAAUUUAGCCGCUGCAAUGGCCCUAUCCUUCUUCAUCUUGUUCGUCAGUGCUCGCACAUCCUCCCUUGAUCCACCCCAGUCCCCUGCUCCAUCGCCGCUCCCUGCCCGUGUUGAUUCAACCACAGUAGUACUGCUAACAUGUGCAGGCUUAAUCGUUAUCAUGGUUGUCGCCAUGGCUUGUAUGAGUAUUUGUAAACCGAGAAGAAGUACCGGUGGUGGCUAUGACGGAACCGUUCUGAAGGUUCAGGUUGUGUUGUCUGCUAGAGCUGGUGACAUAGGCCGUGUGCUUCGCGACAUAUUUGCAAACACAAACAGACCAGAGCCUAUAACAGAGUCGAAGAAGACAGUAUUGAGAGAGACCAUAAAUGCACUGUUGGAGCACCAAAACAGCUUCAUCUAUGGCUCUACAUCUGUGAAGGGGAAACCUUCGGAUGGUAUAUGCAGCUCGUUUGCUAUAGGGCCUCUGGAGGGAAUGGUAAGGAAAGAAAUGAGAAAGCUGAGAAUCGAACGAGAGUGUCUCUACAAUUACCGUUUGGUUCCUAAAUUACCACCCAAACAGGACAAAGAUUACACUGUGGUGAUGAUUAUGGUGCUUGCUGCGGGUGAGCAUAAACUCCCUGCGGUCAGUAGUAGUGUGGAUGUGAAAGAAGCUCUCAAUUAUCUGGAAAACAAGUUUCUCAUAAUACAGGACGUGGAGGUAAUGUGGGCUUACCAGGAUCCUUUGCGAAUUGUGGAAUUGCUUGAUAGCUAUCCGAACCUGUAUUCCAUCCUUGCUUGAAACGUGAUGAUGCAAAAUAAUUACUACUAUUCCCUGAGAGUCUUUGUAUUUAGCUGGUGUGGUAUUUAAGGGUUUAUGUCAGAUUGCUCAAUCUGCUAAAUGAAGUCUGGAGAGAUUGGAUUAAUGUAGACCUAUUAAUGGAUGGCUAAGAUUGAAUGUGGCACCUGGCCUAAAUCUUUUUUUAUUUAUUAGAAGAUCACUGUAUUAACUAAAGAGAGUCAUUUUGUAGUUGGAUUGAAGUUGAAUCUAUGGAUGAGGAAGAUUGAAGAAGACAUGCCAAACAUUUAACUUAAUUACUUUGCUGAGCUGUGGCAAUGGGUCGGGUUUUGCCAAACCCAAACCCAUGGGUUUAUCCGUGAAAAAAACCCGAGGUAAAACCCAUAGGGUUUGAAAAACUCAAAUCCAACCCAACCCACUGGGUAUCCGUGGGCUCAUGGGUACCCACGGGUUUUUGUCGUAAAAAAUUUACACUAACAAGUUUGUAUCAAAAUUAAAGUCAAAUAUUAAU